AAGUUAAAAAAAAGGCAAAAACAAAAAAAUAAAGCAAUCUGCAAAGCGAGAGAGAGCCAGUGAGUCGCAGGUCCUUUCCUUUCUUUUUUGGUUGGAAGCCCUAAUAAUCCAAUUCCAAACCCUAAUUUCCAAUCCCCUUUUCUCAGUGAUCUCAGCUUUUUCUAUUGAAGUAAAAAACCUCUUAGCGUAUGGACCAUCAACAUCAUCAUCAUCAUCAUCAUCAACAACAACAAUACCAACAAUGGCGUCCUAUACCUCAAAUCCAAGGUAACAUCUGCCCUACUUGCUCCUUUUGUCACUUCCCCUUUUGCCCUCCUCCUCUUCCUCCUCCUCCUCCUCCCCAUCCACCUUUCAACCAAAACCCUAGGUUCGCAUUCGAUGCUCCCAAUCACUCUUUCCAAAGACCUGGUUUCGACCCGUAUCAUGGUCCGGUAGCUAUGAACAGUCCCCUUUUGGGGAACCCAAAUGAUGGUUUCGCAAAUCCGAGACCUUGGGGUAGAAACCCAUAUGAGCAAAACGCAGCGUAUAGAGAAGGUUUUGCUGCUCCUCCUCCGCCACCGUACGAUUAUGGUGGUAAUGGAUUCGUCGGUGUUGAGAGCGAUAGGAGCUUUAAGAGGCCGAGGGUUGAUGAUUUCGGUUCCGGUGGUGUGGUGGGCGAGUUUAAUCCGAAUCCCGCGGGGACUUCUUGGGACGAUGAGCGAAGAUUGAAGCUUAUUCGCGAACAUGGUAGCGUUCAGAGUGGGUUUCAGGAUCCGGGACUGGGUUCUGGAGAGAAUAUAAGACAGAGAGAGGAGAGUGACUUAGCCUCCGGGCAAAAACAUAUGCUGACUAAUAAUACUAGGAAUGGUUUUCAGUUAGAUGCGAACAAAGAUGUUGAUUCGAGAAAUACAGGUGGAGCUGAGAGCUCUUUCCAUCAUUUUCAGACCCAUGUAGCCAAAAACAUGAAUGAUCGUGUUCCUUGUGCUGAUUCUGAAGUUGGUAGUGCUAGAGAUUCCAUGCCUGCCAGUGAACAAGCAUAUUCACAUCCGAAUAGCUGGCAAGGUCCUCCAUACAAUGAUCUUGGAGGAGGUGCUAUUAUGAACAAUUGUGAUCCCAACAAUCAGCUUCCACCACAAUAUGGUCUGCAGCGUGAUAUGAAUGCUUAUGGCCCGCCAACUGAUGUGAGGCAACCAGUUGAGAUGAAUUUCCCGUUGCAGGAUGUCAAUCAGGGUUCAUUUGGCAAUCAUCAUAUUCGUGGACCCGGAGGUUACUUUCAACGUCCUGCUGGUGGUGGCUUUGUUCCUGAGAACAUGGGUCAUACGCAGGCUUCUCGGUUUUAUGGUGGGCAGCCUCCUCUUCCUGCUUCUCCACCACCUCCUUUUCCUAUGGACCCGCCAUUACAGCCGAAAUCGUCAGCGUUGUUUCCUGUUCCUGUGAGUACCUCAGCAAUGGUGUCUUCAUCUUGUUCACCCAUUCCUGAAGCUCAAUCCUUGCAACAGCCUUAUUUUCAUGCUAAGACAUUCAUGCCUGCAUCUGCUACCUUUAUCACUGAGGAUUCACAAGCCAUCCAUAGAACAUUAUCAAAGCCAUAUGCGGCAGUGGAGCAACCUUUCCCACCGAAGCAAUCUUCUUCGAAUAAACCUACAGUUGUUGAUGCUUCCCGCUUGUUUAAACAGCCUUAUCGAUCAUCUCGCCCAGAUCAUUUUGUGAUAAUUCUUAGAGGGCUUCCAGGUAGUGGGAAGAGCUACAUGGCAAAGAUGUUGCGUGAUGUAGAGGUUGAGAAUGGUGGUGAUGCUCCACGAAUUCAUUCUAUGGAUGAUUAUUUCAUGACGGAAGUUGAAAAGGUUGAGGAAGCUGAUACUUCAAAAUCUUCUAGUUCUGUCAGAGGCAAGAAACGUGUUACAAAAAAAGUGAUGGAGUAUUGCUAUGAACCUGAGAUGGAGGAGGCUUAUCGGUCAAGCAUGCUAAAAGCAUUUAAGAGGACCCUUGAGGAGGGGGUUUUUACCUUCAUAAUUGUGGAUGACCGCAAUCUGCGGGUAGCUGAUUUUGCUCAGUUUUGGGCAGUUGCAAAGAGUUCGGGAUAUGAAGUUUAUAUAUUAGAGGCUUCCUACAAGGAUCCUGCGGGCUGUGCAGCUAGGAACGUGCAUGGUUUUACCCAAGAAGACAUACAAAAGAUGGCUGCACAAUGGGAAGAAUCUCCAGCCUUAUACCUGCAACUGGAUGUUAAGUCAUUAUUUAAUGGAGAUGAUUUGAAGAAAAGUGGAAUUCAAGAGGUGGACAUGGAUAUGGAAGAUGAAGAGAAUGAUGAACACCUAUCUGGAUUGAAAGAAAAGAAGCCAGAUAAGGUCAUAGCACCUCCCGUUGCAAAAGAUGCACCUGAUGGUUCUUCAAAGGAUGGGCAGAGCUGGAAUACUGAAGAAGACCAUGCAAUUGAAGUGAAAGAACUGGGUAGGAGCAAAUGGUCAAAUGAAUUUGAUGAAGAUGAUACAGAACGGACUGAAAUCCCAAAGGGUAAUUUAAAUGCUCUUUCUGGCUUAAUUCGAGCUUAUGGUAAGGAAGCAAAAUCUGUUCGCUGGGGUGACCGGGUGGGCUUUUCUGGAUUUUUGAUAGGCGCAGCAAAGAAGGCAAAUAUGAUGUCUCUAGUGAUUGGACCAGGAGCUGGAUACAAUUUGAAAUCCAAUCCACUGCCUGAAGAACAAGGCUCCUCCAUGUCUAGCCAGAGUAAUGGCAAGUCGAAGACGCGGAGCGCAUUUAAGGAGCAACUUCGAGCAGAGCAGGAAUCGUUUAAAGCUGUCUUUGAAAGACGGCAACGACGGAUCGGACUUGAUCUGGAGGAAGAAUAGUUGUGGUUGGGAAAAUGUUUUGUUAUAGUUUUGAUAGAGAAUUGCCAUCUGUCACCAAUCGGGAAUUGUUUGAGCUGUGCAGCGUGUUAGUGGUCAACUUUUGAAAGGCAGACCAAUGACAUGCUGCCACGUCACUUGUGAGGAAGCUUGUGAAGAGAAGCAUUUUGCUUUUUGACGAUGGGAUUAGUUUGGCUAUGUUGCCUUUAGAAGACUAUGGCCAUUGAAACAACUUGCUUCAAUCCAAUAUUUGUAAAAUAGAAGAAUAUUUCAAUUUGUGGAAUACAAAUCUGCUUUGUUCAUAUUA